AUGAAGUUCUCUGCUACUCUUCUCUCCCUCUCCGUCCUCGCAGUCAGCGUUUCUGCUGCUCCCCAGUUGACUCGUCGUGCAACCGUUGCUGAGCUUGCGGCCACUCAGCAAGGGAAGAAGACGGUGUUUACGGCUUGCGCCUCUGAUUCCGAGUGCCAACAAGGCUGCUGUGGCUUUAGCAGUGGUAAAUGUGCGGGUCCAGCUGUUGCCCAAACCAAUGGCUCCGGCGGAUGCGGACAUGGUACCGCUGCACCUAACUGCAACGUCGCAACCCUCCUCGGUUUCCCCGGAACUUGCAUUUCUGGCUUCAAAAAUACCGACACGAACGACCCAACCGUUCAAGCCGCAACUGCCUUUGCUGCUCAACUAGACGGAAUCGCAUUCACCCCAUCUGUUGCUGCUCCCGCUGCUGCGGCUCCUCCUCCACCUCCACCUGCGGGUAACAACGCUGCUGCUCCUGCCUCUGCCGCCGGAAAAUCUGUCGCUGAGCUUGCCGCUACUCAAACAUCGAAGAAGACUGUUUUUGAGACCUGUGCUUCUGACUCUGAGUGCCAACAAGGGUGCUGUGGCUUCACCAGCGGCAAAUGUGCAGGGCCAGCUGUUGCUCAGACCAAUGGGUCAGGUGGAUGUGGUCAUGGCACCGCCGUCGCCAACUGCAAUGUCGCGACUCUCCUUGGUUUCCCCGGAACGUGCAUUGCUGGACACCAGAACACCAACCUUCAGGACCCCACUGUCCAGGCAGCCACUGCCUUCGCUGCCCAACUCGAUGGCAUUGCUUUUACCCCCAGUCGCAAGUGA